GUGGGCUGCAUGAGGAUGGUUGCCCGUACGCACGUCGACACAAACACUGGCUCCCGCGCAGCUUCGGCCAUGAGGUCAUAGCCCGUCCAAUCCUCCAAGAUGAUGCGAGUUCUCGAGGCCAACGCGCCUCCCAAGCAGACGGCCACGGAUACCAUCAGCACCCUGAGCGGGCGGCUGACAAGCGCAACCCUCGUCGAAGACCGGCGCGCUGCCAUUCUUGGCCUUCGUAGCUUUGCAAAAGAAUACCCCGCCUCGGUCGCAUCAGGCGCCCUCAAGGGGCUCAUCACGUCGCUGACCAAAGACGGCGAUGAUGUCGACACGCUCAAGGUGGUGCUGGAGACGCUGCUCAUGCUCUUCCACCCAGACGAGAGCAGCCCAGAGGCGUCCGAGGAAAUCGCGCUGUGGCUGGCCGACCAAUUCUCACAACGACAAGACAACAUCACUCUGCUCGUUGACCUUCUUGAGAAACCCGACUUCUACUCCCGUCUGUACUCGCUGCAACUCAUUCGCGCCAUCUCCCUAGCACGGCCCCAGCGAACACAAGAAUGCAUCCUCACAGCACCAGGCGGCAUUGAGCGCCUGGUCGCCACCCUCGACGACCCACGAGAUGCCGUCCGCAACGAAAGCCUGGUCGUGCUCACUGAACUAGCACGCUCAUCGUCUGAACUGCAAAAGCUGUUUGUCUUCGAGGAUGCCUUUACCAAAAUCUUCAACAUGAUCCAUGCCGACGGCGGGCUCACCCAAGGCGGUGUUGUGGUCCAGGACUGCCUGAGUCUACUAGCCACCCUUAUCCGCUUCAACGUAUCGAAUCAGACCAACAUCCGCGAAAUGGGCCAUGUCGCACGAUUCGCUGCGUUGCUGCCUGGUGGGAAGAAGCCAAGGAAGGCGCGCACCAGUAUGGAAGAGGAAGAUGACUGGGUUAGUCCGCAAAGCGACAAGAAUAUCUGGGGUUUAUUGGCCAUCAUGCGCAUGUUUCUUGUCAAAGGAAGCCCAGGCACACUUCAAAACCAGAAUGUUUUCCAGCAGCAUGGCCUCGUCCGCCAACUUUUAAACAUUACUUUCGAUCCUGCAACUGCCAUGCCCAUCAAAAUCGAGGCUCUCAACACUUGCGCUGAUCUCAUCAGGGGUAAUGCUCGACUGCAGGAAGGCUUUGCCCAGGAGCAAGUUCGGCCCAUUGUCGAGCCCACUGCAAACGGCAUGGCCUCUCCCAACAGUAUUCCUUCAGUAUAUGUUAUCGAAGCGCUUCUCAACCUGGUGCUCUCCCCCGCACCCAACGAUAUGUUUGACUUGCGCAAUGCCGGCUGCGAGUGCAUCAAAGCCUAUUUUUACAACCACGUGCAGAUUCAAGAACAUUUCCUCAACCGAGCCAUUGGUGGCCAUGAAGGAGGGGAUGAGACAGCAAAUGCUUUGACUAUCUUAAUGGCAGGACCCCAGGUUCCUCCCACCGGCGACCCCUACCGGAUCUGGUUUGCCGCGACUCUCAUAUACCAUCUCAUCUUCGACGAUUAUCGAGCAAAGAACACCUUGAUGGACGUCAGAGAGGGCGAUGCAGAAAGCGGCGAGGAGGUUGUGACAUGCAUUCAGACUUUGACUGCGAAUCUCAUCGCAAGCCUGCAGCUUGGUGAAGAUGAACGCAUCUCAGUCGCUUAUCUGAUGCUUUUGCUCGGCUGGCUCUUCGAGGACGCAGCAGCAGUGGAUGACUUUUUAGCAGAAGCCAGUAGCCUACAAAGCCUGGUCCAAGCCGUGCUGACUCCUGGAGAUGAUCGAGUGUUGAUCAGAGGUCUCUGUGCAGCACUGUUGGGCGUCGUGUAUGAGUUCUCAACACGUGACUCACCAGUGCCACGGCGAGAACUUCAGCCCGUACUCACUUCAAAGCUUGGUCGCGAUAAAUAUCUUGACGCCAUUACGGGACUGCGGCACCAUCCUCUUGUUCGUGAUUUUGAGGUCCUACCUCGCAACGGCGGUGGUGGCGGCAGUUUGCCUGACGUGUUCUUCGACGAGGCCUUUAUAGAUUUCCUGAAAGACAACUUCAGUCGGUUAUCUCGAGCAAUCGAUCGAAACCCAAACAUCGAGCAGCACCAGUCGCACGAUGGUGUGGAUCGAGAUGUGGUCGACGCAUUACGUGGCGAAAGAGAUGAGAAAGAGCAGACUAUACAAGAACUUCGAGCACAACUCAUGACUCUCGAGCAGAAGAUAGACCACGAACAGGCUGAGCAUCGCAAGACGCAGCAAUCGGCCGAGGAGCAACGAAUAACACUGAAGCGCAUCAACGACAAGCUACACGAGGAUCUCGAUAAGGAAAUUGCGAAUAAAGAUCGUGAGCACCGACAAGCAAUAAUGGAGACGGAAAACAAGUACAGUAUCCAGAUCACUGCACUCAAUAACAAGCUACAACAAACGACCAAAGACGCAAACCUCGCCGUUGCAAAGGUCAGACAAGAGUACGACCAAAGGCUACAAGAUGCAGGUAGAAUACAAGCUGAGCUAGAGAGCCGGCUGGGAGCCUCUGACAAAGCUCGGCAAGAAGCUCUGGAAACAAUUCGUAGCCUUGAAGAGACGCUCAAGCAGACACGCAGCGAAGUAGCCACCAUUACAGAAACAUUGCGCAAUGUGCAAUUGCAUGUACAGAAGAGCGAGGGCCAGCUCAAGCAGCUCCAGGAAGAAAAGGAUGCACAAGUGAAGAAACUUGAGGGAGAGCAGGAGGCGCAGGUCAAGCGGUUCACGGAAGAAAAAGAGACACAGCUCAAGCAACUCAAGGAGGAAAAAGAGGCACAGCUCAAACAACUCAAGGAAGAAAAAGAGGUACAGCUCAAACAACUGAAAUCGGAGAAGGAAGCCUUGCAGUCAAGCGUAGACAAUCUCAAGAAAGAGAAUCAGGACCUGAAGACCAAGACACAAGACCAGACAUGGAAGGUCAAAGACGCAGAAGAGAAGCUCCGCAAGGCCGAAUCAGGUGCAAAGGCCACCAAAGAGAAGGAAAUCAAGGAUCUACAAGACAAGCUACGCAAAGCCCAAGAGAGCGAGAAGGAGAAGACCACGGAGUUGGAAGAUUUGAUCAUAGUACUCAGUGAUCUUGAAGAGAAGAGAAGUAAGGACAAGGAACGUCUCAAAGCUCUUGGGCAAGAAGUGUCGGACGACGAAGAAGAUGACGACGAUGAUGGCGAUGAAGACGAAGACGAAGAUGAGGAUAGUGAUGGUGAAGAAGAAGAGGAGAAGAAAAAGUAAGAUAUCUUUGUUUGCAUGGACCUGUAGCUCUGUCACUGUUGGUAGCCUUGGUCGUAGCAAAGUAUCUCCAGACGCAACACCAACCAGC